UAGUUACAGUAGUUUUAUAAAAAAAAUAAACACCGCGAAACAAAAUACAUACACACACCUAUUAGUGCUUAGUUACAGUAGUUUUAGGUCACAAACAAUCGGAGUGCGGUGCUGCAUAUGUAUGUACAUCUAUAUAAAUCCAAAUAAUGCGAAAGUGUGGAAAGGGAAACGCAGAGUCCUGUGAAAUGUGAAAUAAAUAUAUGCGAAAAUUUAUGUAAUACUGUUUGUUUCAAAAAACAAACGGAAACAAGAACUACUGUCAACAAAACAAAACAGUAUUUGUUUGAAAUCAUCAUAUUUUUUUAUUUCAAAAGUAUUAGUUAAUGUAAUUUAGGAUGCUACCAAGUUUGGAUACCUUAAUGCGUUGCUCGAAGCGAGUUCUGCAAUCGCCCCUGGAGGCGACGGCAACGGCCAAUCUCCAGAUGCGGAAUGGUCACAGCAAAGCCCCGGCCGGUAGCAUCUACGGACCCUUCACGCCCGACAAUGAUCUCAGCUGCUCCGGACGGGGGGACUGCGUGAACCAUACCUGUGUCUGCGACAUCCGAUAUGCCGGCGACGAGUGCAACUUCUUCAAUCUGCCAUACUAUGCCGGAAUCUCCACCGUCUUCUAUGUGGUGGCCCUCGUCUCUGUCAUCCAGCUGCUCAUCUGCAUUGUGGCCGAGUACCAGCGGCUCAAGCAGCCCUCGAUCCUCAGGGCCUGUCGCAUCACCACACAGAAGCUGCUCUACUUUAUGGUCUUUGUGGCGGCCUCCUUGCGUGGAGCCUACUUUACCACUCCGUUGGAUCUACAGCCUCAAUGGGCCGUAACCCUGAUGUCCGCCUAUUAUCCAUUGCUCAUGACCUGCGCCUCCCUGAUCGUCUGCAUGUGGGCCGAGAUCUUUCACCUGCGCGACAUUCGCUGGGAGAAGUCGCAGUUCCUGUCGAAGAGUUUCCUCGGCUUUGUGGCCUUCAACUUCUUCCUGUACAGCCUGUUUGGCAUCGAGGUCUUCAGCUCUCUGAUCAAUGCGGAGCGGCGGGACUACGCGCACAUAUUCAAUGGCUGCUAUGCGGUAUUGCUGCUGAUCGUGGUCGUCUUCUUUCUCAUCUACGGCGUGGAGGUGUUCUUCAAGCUGCGCGGCGGCUUUGUCUACGACCAAACGGGCAAGAUCCUGGGGCCCAGCGAGGCGAUCGUGAAUGCCUCACAGCUCCACCAGUCACGCUUCGGCCUCCUCAGUCAGGCCGUAAUGCUCAUCGUUAUUGUUGGCUUUCUCACCUCCGAAACUCUGGGCGAUUUCUGGAAGACCAAGGUUCCUGUCAACUCUCGAAACUGGCAUGACAUCAUUUUCCGAAUUGCUGAGAUUGGCGUUGCUCUGUGGUUCCCCUGCUGCCUGUGGAACUCGAUGGCGCCCGAACAGCUCUGGAUACUGAAUCCCCGCAAGCUGCUAUCCCGCCAGAUUGAUCCGUCGAUACCCACGCUGAAUGCCGACACCAAUAAGCUCUCGCCCGAGGAGGGUCAGUCGUUCCUGGCGAAAAAGGACUGCUGGAUAUGCUACGACAACGACAAGCCCGAGCCCCUAAUCCAGCCCUGCCGCUGCACCGGCGACGUUAGCUCCGUCCAUCAUGAGUGCCUCAAGCGCUGGCUGGUCGAGAGCUGCAGCAAAACGGAGGCCCAGCUGUCCUGCAAGGUGUGCGGCCAUCCGUACGAGAUUGAAAAGUCCAAAAAACUCGAGUGGGAGAAGGGCUUCACCAUCCAGCACUGGUCCAAGACGGUGAUACUGAUCACCCUGAUGUGCGUGACGGGGGCCGCCGCCUGGGUUGUUAUCCAAAUGUACGUGGAUCCCCUGGUGCGGGUCAUGACCGUCGGCGUGGCCGUCCUCAUUGGCUAUGUGUGUGUCAAGUGUUUGGGCGAGAACACCGUGGUGGCCUAUCAGCGUGCCAAAGUCAGCUCGAUCAACAUUGUGACCAGCUCGGAGAUGGAGAAGCUUCACACCAUAUGCGAGGAUGUUAGCGCUGCCAGUACAUCGACAGCAGCAGCACGGACUGGCGCUGCCUCUUAAUGGUAGAGUUGGUGAGAAGCAGUCGAGAGAAAGACAGAAAGAGAGAGAGUCUAUGCCAUACGGAACCACAUCAGCCACACAUCAGCAGCGCAGAUCAGCAGAACGUACAGACAUUAUUACUUACUUAUUGUAUCUAGUUUAGACUGCGUUUUGCACACAUUUUGCUCAAUGCUCAAUCCACAACACACAAACCCUUCCCUCAAUCCUGUACAUAGGUUUACAAAAAGAAAAGUAAGAAAGAAAAUCCGCAUCGUAGUGAGUAGUGCGUAGUGGCGAAACGGUAGAGAAAGCCGCCAGUUUCGAUUAUCGAGUCAAUUGUGUCUCUCAAAUUAUCAUGCAGAUUUCCAAAAGUGGAAUGUAUUACAAAAAGCCAAAUAUUAUUAGUCUCUAAGCAUAUAAGCCAGUAUCACUUACACGAAACAAACACGAAAAACGAAACAGAUAGAAACGUCUUGAGAUUAUGAACGCGUUGCCAAGUAGCCUGAAGAGCGAGCCGAGCCGAGUCGAGCAGAGCAGAGCAGAGAGUAAAUAGAUAGAGAUAGAGCUUCGAUGCGUCAGUAAUCAGACCGAUUGUGGGUCUGAUCUGUAGUUUAUAGCUUACUUUUAUUAACAAUUAAUUUAUGAAAGCAUUUUGCAUUUCAUUUAUUUCAUGAGCCUCUCCACGUGUCCUUUGCAUCAACAUACAACUUGGCGAAUAUUAAUUUAAGCGUAUAAGUUUUUACUUUGUAUUCAGUUGGUAUAAGCGGCAUAUUAAUUCCUAAGCUAUAUCCCAUAAAGAUCAUAAUUUAUCAACCACACAUACACACGCACCCACACCUUAAGCAAAGUAUAUAUAUCAAUUAUACAUUUUAUUGUAUCCGGAACAUACAAUUUGUCAAAGCAAAGUAAAACGAAAAACCCACAAUGAUUUACAUACAAUUUAAGCUACCAUACAUACAAUUUUUUGUGAUAAAAACAAACCAGUUAAUAAUAAUUAUAAAAUUUAUAAAAU